AUGUGAAACUCCUCCACAGUGAGUAGACGUUAUGCUUCUGUAAUAUUACAUCUGAGUCUGGUACUAACUGAUGAUCUGCUAAACUCGUCAGAUGUGAAACUCCUCCACAGUGAGUAGACGUUAUGCUUCUGUAAUAUUACAUCUGAGUCUGGUACUAACUGAUGAUCUGCUAAACUCGUCAGAUGUGAAACUCCUCCACAAAUGCACAAAGUUCAUAAGUGAGUGACGAAUGGGAACCCUCCUGAGAGACGACCGUCGAGGUACUUUUCAUAUUAUCCAAUUCUUCAUACCUAAUAGCAAAAUACGAUGCACUUAUUUUCGAUAUUGUUAUCCGCCCUAUUAUCCAUACCUGUGUGUCGGGGCGCUCGCAUCCUGGCUCUUCUACCAGAGAACUGCCGAAGUCACUACAUUGUAAUGGAGCCUCUACUACUGGAGCUACACAACAGAGGGCACCAUCUCACAGUCGUAACCAGCUUUCCCCAGAAGGAACCUCUGGAGAACUUCACAGAAAUCGACUUCUCUUCACAACUUCCAGCACCUACAAAUCAAUUUAAUUUGGAAAUCAUCAGAAGAAGGUUAUCAAAUAUGUAUGUAACAGCCUCAUUUGAAAUAGAGUUUAGCUUGGCCAUGUGUCAUGAAGUGCUUGGCAAUGAAAGAGUGCUGAAACUCCUGGAAGAAAAAUUUGACCUAGUGAUAUUGGAAAUUUUUGCUGCCGAUUGCUUUACCUAUUACCCGUACAAAAUGAAAGUUCCCUUCAUUAAUUUUAUUUCCAGUACAGUGCUACCGUGGGCUACCGAACGUACGGGACUUCCUGACAACCCAUCAUACAUACCUAACUAUUUCGUCAGCUACCGCCCUGAUAUGACGUUCUUUCAAAGGACUUUCAACACAGUUUCUCUUUAUUUUAUGAAAAUAUUUUAUAAGUAUGAAUCAGAGUUCUCUGCUUGGAGAAUUGCCGAAGACGUGUUCGAUGAGAAACUACCACCUAUGGAUGAAAUCAAUCGGCAGACGUCGCUAAUAUUUGUUAAUAGCCACUUUACUCUUUCGCAAAGUCGACCUUUCACUCCCAACGUUAUAGAGGUCGGAGGAAUCCACAUAAAGGAUGUUCAACCUUUACCCAAGGAUAUAAAGGAUUUUCUGGAUGGCGCUAAUGAAGGAGUGAUCCUGAUGAGCUUUGGGUCGUUAGUUCUUUUCUCAUCGUUGCCACCACAAAUGAUCCGCAUGUUCCUGGAUGUAUUCGGUACUCUACCACAGAGGGUCAUUUUAAAGUACGAGGAUGAACUACUGGAUGUACCUCCCAACGUUAUGUACAAGAAAUGGCUUCCACAGUCUGAUAUAAUAGCCCAUCCGAAUGUUCGGCUUCUGAUCACCCAUUGUGGGAUAGCCAGUGUAACAGAGGCUGUCUACUAUUCCAAACCUAUGGUGGCUAUUCCUCUUUUUGCUGAUCAAUAUAAAAAUGCGUGGGAUGUAGUGAAUCGUGAGGUUGGCAUCCUUCUGGAUUUCAACAAUCUAUUACAGAGGGACUUCUCUCAAGCGGUCAAGGCAGUUUUGGAUAAUCCAAGAUACUCAGAGAACAUGAGGCGAUUGUCGAAGCAAUUCCAGGACAGGCCGAUGACGCCGCUGCAGACAGCAGUCUACUGGACAGAGUACGUCAUCAGACACCAGGGGGCGCCACACUUGCGUCCAGCGUCCGUCAAUCUACCGUUCUAUCAGUACUUGCUGCUUGACGUCAUCGCAGUACUUGGAGUUUCAUUAAUUUUUGUCUUAGGCUUCCUUUAUUACAGCAUACGUUUGAUUCUUAAACUUAAAAAAUUUGUUGUGUAUAGACGUAGAUCAAAUAAAAAUAAAAAUGAGUAAGUUUUUA